GGCUGGCGCUCAGCGUACGAGCGGCGGCGCCGUACCCGUGCCGUGAGGGAGGUGGAGGCGGCGCGAUGGCGGCCCGGAGCGGGUGUGCGGGCCUGCUGCUGCCGCCGUUGCUGCUCGGGCUCCUGGCGGUGCCGCUGCCCGAGGGCGCCCGCGGAUCGGAGGCGGUUGGGACGGCGGAGGCGGCGGGCGGCGCGGGCCCUGGGGAGCGGUUUAAGAUCGAGGGCCGGGCCGUGGUGCCCGGGGUGAAGCCGCAGGACUGGAUUGCGGGGGCGCGGGUGCUGGUGGACGGGGAGGAGCACGUCGGCUUCCUGAAGACAGAUGGAAGUUUUGUGGUUCAUGAUGUACCUUCAGGAUCCUAUGUAGUGGAAGUUAUAUCCCCUGCUCAUAAAUUUGAGCCUGUGCGAGUUGACAUAACUUCAAAGGGCAAAAUGAGAGCAAGAUAUGUGAAUUACAUCAAAACCUCUGAAGUUGUCAGGCUGCCAUACCCACUCCAGAUGAAAUCUUCUGGACCUCCUUCAUACUUUAUAAAGAGAGAAUCUUGGGGCUGGACAGAUUUCCUCAUGAACCCUAUGGUGAUGAUGAUGGUUCUUCCAUUGCUGAUAUUUGUUCUUUUGCCUAAAGUUGUCAACACGAGCGAUCCUGAUAUGAGGCGGGAAAUGGAGCAGUCAAUGAACAUGCUGAAUUCCAACCAUGAGCUGCCAGAUGUCUCUGAAUUCAUGACAAGACUUUUCUCUUCAAAAUCUUCUAGCAAGUCUGGUAGUAGCAGCAGUAAAGCAGGGAAAAGUGGUUCUGGAAAAAGGAGGUAGUUAAAUCUUCCUCCGAAGCCUGAGUUUGCACAACUGUUUGUUAUGUGGUAUCACCUUUAUUUGUCUUGAAAGAUUAAAAAGCCACUACCGUAAACUUCAGUCAGGCACAAAAUAUGGUAUGCUACAACUGUGGUGUGUAGCUUUUUUUAGUCUAUAUAAGCUGUUUUGUACUUGACAGUAAGCAAAAGAGGACAUGGCUUCGAUACUGUAUCUGUAUAAAGUUAUUGAUGAUACUGAAUUAACAAUAUUGUUCUGUAGAUAAUUCUAAAUUAUAUGAUGUGCUAAAUAAACAGUAAUGAAUGUCUUAAUCAUAAGACAAUGUAUAGAAAAAUUUCAAAGAUAAUAGAAGUGGAGUUCCGUCUUAAGACAGCUUUAAUGUUUUAUACUUGCUGUUGAGUUCUGAAAUGAACAAAUCCUCCUCCUAAAAUGGAGUCAUGGGUUUACUGAGUAAUUUGCUCUAUCAGAUUGUCAUAUGUGUUACAUAUAAAAUAAUUUUAUUUUACGUUGUUUGCUGCCUGUACACUUUAGUUCAAGGACUUUUUAUUGCCCAGUUUUAUUCUGAUCACCUUUCUACUAAAAAUUCUUGGGGGGAGGGGAAGAAAGCAAAGCAUCCUGCAUCAGUAAGUCUUUUAAGCUCUGUCAAGUUAAUUAUGAACCCAAGGUAUCUAAGUAACAUGAUGAACGAUUAUCUUGGAUUUUUCCCUUCUAAAUCACAUGUAUCACUUCUGCAGCACUUUGGGUUGUUACUGUUUUCUGUGUGCUAGGCAUUCAUCUUAUCAGUGGUAUGAUUUGAGGUGAAAUACGGAACAAAAUUUUUAAAAUUAAAGGAAAAACAUAGAAGUAUAGUAGGAAGGUAAAUCCCACUCAUAUUUUAAAUUACGUUCCAAAGUACAUGGCUAUCUCUAGACAUGCUGUCGCUGGCAAAACUUUGUUCUCUGAGCACACCUGGGUGUCUGUGCUGCAACAUCCUUUCAAGCAACCCAGUAACUUCAGAGAAAAGUUGAAAAACUUGAUAGUUUUCCACUAGAUGAACAUUUACAAAUUAAAAUGACAGUAAUACUUGCCAAACCCCAGUAGCAAUUUUCCAUAACUUUUUUUUUGUGUAAGAGCUGUUCUUUUCCAUUUUUACAAUUGCUAGCUUCUUAGGCAGCAGUAUCCAUGCAGCAUGAAUAAUGUAUAUCUGAUGCCAAAAAUGGUAUUUAACAUUCACCUAAAGUACACCUGAAGCAAAAUCAGUUCUAAUGUAUUUAUUUGUUCUAUUAAACAAUUGGGAAGGCUAUAAAUUGUCUUAGAAUACAUACUUGGAAGUAUGCUGUGAAACAUAAAAGCUGCAAAAGAAUAAGUAUUUGUUCAUAGGAUUAAGUCAACUUUUAAGUUGUUGGAAAGGAAAUAAACCAGUGUUUUUUGGACUAUGAAAGAUUUCAGUCUUUACAAAGCAAGCUGCACAUUUUUGGUCUUGUUUUUGUUUGGCUUGAAUGGUCUUUGUUUUGUAUAUUAAGUAAAGUGUAUCCAAUAGAGACAAGAGGAUAUGUGGAUAUUCUUGCUGGAAGGACUUACUGAAAUGAAUGUCAUGUUGCCUUUUU